GAUAGCUUGUUUGGUGGGUUUCCUGAUAGGGGAACAGACAAAGUCACAGACUUAAAUUCAAUUCGGGCCGUGUAACCUCGCAUUGGGAGACAUGUGUUAGGUGCCCUGGUCUUCUAGAAAAGUUAACUUUCCACGUAUAUAAACUGUGUAUAUUCUUUUCCAGUAGUUGCGGGAAGAUUGUACAUAGGCAAACGGCAGGCAGAUAAGUGCGUGAAGAUUGUACUCAGAGCUGCUGGAAUUUUGAUACUGUGAAGAGACCGAUGGCCCGCCAUGUGGCUGAUGAAUAUGAAUACAUGGUGGAUGAGCAUGAAAUGACUGAUUUUGAUGAGUUAGAUGAUGAAUAUCAAAAUCAAGGUAGAGGUGAUGUGGAUUCAGACUCAGACAAUGAUUAUGAGGCAAUAACUAGGCCCAAAGACACGAAUGCAGCGGAUGCCCGAAGAGGAAGAGAUAUUCAGGGUAUACCUUGGGACAGGCUGAACUUUACACGGGAAAAAUACAGAGAAACACGCUUGGAACAGUACAGGAACUAUGAAAAUAUUGCUCAACCUCAUGAUGGGUUACAGGAGGUAUGCAAACAUGCUGAGAAAGGAGGGAAUUUCUAUGACUUCUUCCUUAACACAAGAAACGUGAAGUGUACAAUUAUUCAUUUUCAGCUGAGGAAUUUAGUGUGGGCAACAUCAAAGCAUGAUGUAUAUGUUUUAUCGAACUAUUCAAUUGUACACUGGUCUGCAUUAACUCGUAAGCCAACAGAAUUUCUUAAUGUUGCUGGGUCCAUCGUACCAUCAGAGGGCCACCCAGGAACUAUAAGCCAAGGUCUGUCCCAAGUGCAGAUUAGUACGAUGGCUGUGAAGGAGAAUUUACUAGUUGCGGGUGGGUUUCAGGGAGAGCUAAUUUGUAAGUAUUUGGAUCAACCAGCUGUGAGUCACUGUGCAAGGAUAACUUACGAUGACAACGCAAUUACAAAUGCAGUAGAAAUUUACCACAGUGCUAGUGGAGCAACUCAGUUUAUGACUUCAAGUAAUGACUGUGGUGUACGGACAUAUGAUGUUGAAAGAUUUGCAUUGAUGAAACACUUCUCCUUGCCUUGGGCAGUGAAUCACACAUCUGUCAGUCCAGAUAAAAAGCUACUUGUUGUUGUAGGGGAUGAUGCUAAUGGCCUUCUUUCAGACUGUCAAACUGGGAAGACUGUUGCUUCUCUUAGAGGUCAUUUGGAUUACUCGUUUGCUUCUGCAUGGCAUCCGGAUGGACGAAUAUUUGCUACAGGGAAUCAAGACAUGACAUGCAGGCUUUGGGAUGUAAGAAAUCUUUCAACCUCAUUUGCAGUUCUCAAGGGCCAUCUAGGUGCCAUACGAUCUAUAAGAUUUUCUUCAGAUGGUCAAUUUAUGGCGAUGGCUGAACCAGCCGACUUUGUUCAUAUAUAUGACACAAAGCAGAACUAUUGUAAGAGUCAAGAGAUAGAUUUCUUUGGUGAAAUUGCAGGGAUGUCAUUUAGUCCUGACACUGAAUCUCUAUUUAUUGGUGUGGCUGAUCGGACAUAUGGCAGCCUGCUUGAAUAUAGAAGACGGCAUGAAUAUUCUUAUCUUCAUUCUCUUAUCUGAAUAAACCUAAGCUGUUGUUUAGGAUGAAAAGAACAAGCAGCAUUGGAAGUGGAUGAUAUGGAAGCAGGGAAUGCCUUACCAGCUUUUGUAGAGAAAAUAUGUACAGCGGAUGACUUCCUUUGGGUCAUUUUUAUUCGGUGCCAUUAUUAUCAUAAAUAUGAUGGACUUUGAAUUGUCUCAA